UAAUACCUCCCUUUUAAGCAAGAACAAUAUAAUUAAUUUGCCAAGCAGAGGGAAAUCUUUAUGAAUUCAUGAGGUGUCUUUGUUAUAUUCCUAAUCCCCUAAUCAUAAUUCAGAAAACUCGGAAAAUAACUUCACUUCAUUUUUAGUGCUCUUACAUUUCGAUUGAUAUAUUCAAGUUAUAAAUUCUCAAUUUAGCUGCUAGUUUUAUUUCUUGAUUUUCGACUUUUUACGACUUUUGCAAUGGCAGAGUUUCCGAUCUGUAUAUCUGAGUCGCAGCGCGAACUAGCCCGCCUAACGAAGGAGGAGCAUUUGUCUGCUGAGAAGAAAGCGAAGGCUCCCAAGAAGGCUGCCAAGGCCAAGCCAAAGCCAAUGCUGGGCGGUCUCUUGAUGGUGAAUCGCAUGAAGAUGUGGCGACAGCACAGGGAGCGAGUCAAGCAGGCCAUCAGCACAGUGGACGCAGAGGCGCCACACUUUCAAGCGGCCCGCAUCACUGGUGUGAAUAGUCUGCGUGAUGAGGCGCAGGUUUUCUUGAAGCGGACAAAGGCUAACAUCCAGCUGCUGGUGGAGAUCUCCAGGACCAUGCGCACCCACGGGGCCAUCAAUCCGUUUCGGUACGAGAUCGUUCACGCCGUCUCCGGUAUUCCCGUCGCACUGCUUGGACUAGAGCAGUUGGAGAAAGAUAAUCGUGAUUUUGGACGUCGUAUUCUGGAGGUGAAGAGCGAAGUGGACUCUGGUCUGUUGGAAAAAAGGAUGCCGGAGGGCAGGAACACGGCAACGGCGACUCCCCUGGAACUGCCUCCUCAGGCAAUGGCCAAGUACGAGGCCUUCAAUAUCCCAUUGCCCGAGUCGGAUGAUGAGUUGCGUCGGCUCUUUCGACCAAGGAUUUACUUUGACUUAUAUUUGAAGGAUGCCCGACCGCUGGGUAGGAUUGUGAUCCAGCUUUAUACAGAGGCAGCGCCCUUAGUGGUGCUGCAAAUGAUCAAGUCCUGCAUGUGCAAUCAGCACACCAAGUUCUUGGUCAAACGACUUUUUCCCCACCUCUGGCUGGAAACGGAUUUGUUGCUGGCGGCGGACUCACUGCUGCACCAGCCAUUGGAAUACGACGCCAAGGUUAUUGACCACGGUGCCUCCAGCUAUGUGUUAUCCUUCAGCAAGGAUUAUGUCAAAGGAUUCACCCACCACCUCUCAUUUUCCAUAUCGUUCAAGCCGCUUACCGUGGUCAAUGGAUCUCGGGUGGGAUUCGGACGGAUUGUGAAAGGCAGCAAGAUAUGCGAGUGCAUCCAGAGUUACGGCACUAAGAAUGGAAAGCUCAGCCGGGGUCUCGUCUUCACCAGUUGUGGAUUACUAUAGAUUGCAGUUGGUUCUUAUAAAUUGUUUUUAUGUACAAGUAAUCCUUUCGUAGGAGUAGUGUACAUCGUAGUCAGUAUAUCGAAAAUAUUUGGGAAUGAUAAACAAAUUGAGGAAAGAAAUAUAAAUUUUAAAUACAUUUUAAA